GUCUGCCCGCGGAGGCGGCGGGCCCAGAGCCUCCCGAGGGCGCGGCCGGCCAGGUCGCCGAGGGCCCCCCGGCGCGACCGGCGAGGGGGCCCGCGGCCCCGACGGCGGCAGAGCGAGCCGCGCGCGAGGUGCUGCGCAAGCCCGACAGGGCACGGGGGCGCAGCAUCCUUGGCCGGAAGUCGCAGUCGAAGAGGCUAGCGCUGGCUGGCCACAAGCGCUUCGUCUCCCGCGCGGAUGGCGACGCUUCUCUCGUCGCCGUCGCAGCCAAGCUCAAGGAGGGCCGCGGCGUCGAGACGGCCCCCGAGGAGAGCGCGGCUGGCGACUCUCAGGGCAACGGCUUCACCGAACACGCCGCGCGCGAGGUGAAGGCCAAAGUCUGGGCCGCGAGGGCGCAGGUCGACGACCUCCGCGGCGCGAGCGUCGGCGUCGACCACCCGGCAACCCCGCGGAUGGUCGAGCACGCGGCGACGUCGACCAACUUGGGCCGGCGCGGCGCCGACGGUCGGACCGCGCGGGAGCUCGGGCACGGCCGGGCUUUCGGCAAGGACCUCGCAAGCUUCUCGGAGAAGGACAAGUUCCUCUCUCGGCUCCACCUGGGGCCCACGCUGCGCACCGACGAGGUCUACAUCGGCGCGGAGUUCGUCGCGCUGCGCGCCCGGGCCCUCGAGCGGCUGCCGAUCGACCAGCGCGGCGACAAGGACAUGCUGAUCGGUCUCGGGAGGAAGCCGUGGGCGCCCGUGCCGGGGAAUGCGGCGAGUGACGAGGUCCUGGUGGCCAUCGAGAUCCGCGUGCCAGUGCCAGUCGCGCCGGCUGGCGCCCCAGUCUGCCCGUCGGCCCAGCCGACGCGGCACUGCCGGCCCCCGAGGGGGCGGACCUCCCACCUCGAUCGGGCUCCUCGAGGCGCGCGGCCGAGCGCCGGGCCUCUAGCCGCCUACAUCGAGAAGGACAUCGAGAUCGCGAUGUACGGCACCACCCCCGGCAGCUGCAGCUGCGCCGCGAUCCCCCUCGGCGCCCGGGCGCAGGCUCACUCAGCCGAGCGCCGCGCUCGGAUCGAGAAGGCGACGCUCGAGGGCGACGAGGCGAGGCUCGAGGAGGCCGCGCCAGCCGCUGACGCGAACAUGGCCCCGGCUCCCCCAGGCCCAGGCGACGGCGACAUGCAGGCGGAGAUUGAGGCGCCGCUGUUUUCGCUCGGCUACAGCGGGCGCAAGGUUGACGUGGGUGUUCUGCCCGAACAGCUUUUGCGCCGCUCUUCGGGCUGGUCCACGGCGCCUCGUUCGACGUCUGGGUCGCGGCUGGGAUUUGCCCGACCGCCACCAAAAGCACCGAUGUCGCGAGCUAUAGUUGGGUACUACCAGCCGCACUUCCUCCCGGGGAGCCCUCGCUGCGCGCCGCUCUCCAUGCUGACGCGCCUGGGCGAGGAUUCCAAGAAGCAGCGCCAGGCCUAUCCCACCAGGCACGAGCACCUAAGGUUCGCGAUGGAGUUGCAUGCGCUGCAGGUCGUGAGUGGCCGCGCGUUCCUGCGCGAGCACUCCUGGGGCGCCGACAGCUGGGGCCUGGGCGUGGUGAAGAACGUGAUGGCCCUCCCCGGCGCGGCGGUCUGGCGAGGGGGCCAGCGCGCGCUCGGCCCCGCGGCCCCGGGCGCUCGCGGAGACAGGCUCGCCGAGGAGCCGACAGGGUGGAUGAGCAACAAUAUGGAGGCGUUGGUUGAGGUUUGCAAGCGCAGCCCGAACGACACCAGGAUAGGUCCACAGCGCGAGCGCCCCACCUUCGUCGGCCACAACGCGCGCGCGGCAGGGAGGUGCCCAACGAGGCUCCUUCGCGCCAUGCUACGCGGUCUCCGCCAGCACCUCUCGAACAAGAAGGCGCUCACUUUUUCGGCCCUCGGCGCGGGGCCGAACGUGGACGGCGAGGGGGUCAGCCUGAAGGGCUUCACCGGGCGCUGGCGCGACAUUCUGGAUACCGAGCUUUAUGGAGCGCCGCUGGACGCCGAGAAGGUCAAGGCGGCGAGGCGCGCGGAGAUGGACUUCAUUGCCCCGCUCGGCGCGUGGACCUACCCGAGCGACGAGGACUGCCACCGUGAGUUCGACCGCAAGCCUCUCAGCGCGCGCUGGGUCGACAUCGACAAGGGUGACUCCAGCAGGCCUGACUAUUGGCCGCGUCUCGUCGCGCAGGAGACCAGAGCGCAGAGCACCAUCGCUGGGGGCGACGUCGGCGCAGUGUUCGCAGUGACGCCACCGCUGGAGUGCCUCCGGCUCGUGUGCAGCAUGGCGAUGUCGAGCGACCCUGCCGAGGGUCGCGCCCUGCGCUUCUUGGACAUCGACUCACCCGCACUGCGAGAUCAAGAGGAGAUGGACACGCGCGGGCCCUGGAUGAUGACACUCUACGGGACGCGCGAUGCCGGCCAGAACUUCGAGCUGACGACCGCUGAGACCGUCGUCGGCGCCGUCUGCGACCAGUCGACCUUCUCUCCGCGCGUGUACUACCAUAAGGACAAGCAGGCGAUCCGUGAGAUGCUGAGUGCGAAGUUCAUCGCGAAGGACCGCGGCGUGCGCGGGCCAGCGCCGACCGACCUGAAGGAGAUCACGCGCCUCAACAGGGCCAUGCGCUGCACGCCUGGCGCGAGCCAGAAUCUGACACCUGAGGUCGAGCGCGAGCUGCCCGAGGCCGAGGCGGCCGAGUACCGGUGUGCGCACACGAGGUUGGGCUAUCUCGCGCUCGACCACGAGGCGCUGCAGUUCGCCGCGAAGGAGCGCGCCCGUGGUGGGGCCCGUCUUCGGGACGUCUACACAGACACGGAUUGGGCUGGCUGCCCGAUCACCAGGCGGAGCACCAGCUCGGUCGCGAUCAAGCACGGCCAGCACCUGAUCGCGACGGCCUCGACGACCCAGAUCCCGAUCGCCAGGAGCUCAGGCGAAGCGGAGUGCUACGGCUGCGCGCGUGCUGCCAGCAGGGCCAUCGGCAUGCAG